AAAGCGUAUUUAACCCAAUUUUAAACCUUUUGCUCGCCCGAGUCGCUCGUGUCAGCUGAAAGAUUUUUCCUACCUACUUGUCUGAUAAAUCUCCUCUUUUUUUUUUCAUUUUUUUUUUCUUUCUUGUUUUGCAUAAUUAUCACAAGAGAGUCCUCACAGAUUUUCUAUUUCUUUCAUCUUUCUGUUAGUUGGAGAUUGUUCUUCACCAAAACACAGUUUGCAUUGAAAUUUGUUUAUAGUUUUUGGCAUAAAGGUUAGAUGGAAAUAGUUACUGCAGGGGUUCCAUUAAUGAUACUUGUUAUCUGCUUUAUAAUAAUAACAGGAGGGUUUUGUCCUAACACCGAUGCUCUGUUGAUGAAUUGCUUGGAGUCGGACCAAGAAGCUCUUCUUGACUUCAAGAAUGGCCUUUAUGAUCCUGAAAACCGGCUUUCUUCAUGGAAGGGAAGCAACUGCUGUCAAUGGUGGGGAAUAAGCUGUGAAAGCAAUACAGGAGCUGUUAUUGCAGUUGAUCUCCAUAAUCCAUAUCCACAACGUUUUCAUUCUUCUAGCAGGUACGGAUUCUGGAACGUCAGUGGGGAAAUUAGGCCUUCAUUAACAAAACUCAAGUCCUUGAGGCAUUUGGACUUAAGUUUGAACACAUUUGAUGGCAACAAAAUUCCUGAAUUUUUGGGAUCUUUGAAAAAUUUGCAAUAUUUAAAUCUCUCAAAUGCUGGGUUUAGUGGUGCAAUUCCUCUAACUCUAGGGAACCUCUCUGGCUUGCAGUAUCUUGAUGUUGAGUCUUGGAGUUCAUAUGUUGAUAAUCUUGAGUGGGUGACAGGUCUUGUCUCUUUAGAACAUCUUGUGAUGAAUGGAGUUAAUCUUUCAAUGGUAGGAUCAGACUGGAUUAGGACACUAAACAAACUCCCAUCCUUAACUAAGCUGCACCUAUCGUCUUGUAGCUUAUCUGUUACCAUUCCAACUCCUGCUUUUGUAAACAUAUCUUCACUUGUUUCCCUAGAUCUUAGUUUUAACAAAUUCAAUUCAAAAGUACCUGAUUGGCUUGUCAAUAUCAGCUCCCUCGUUACUUUGGAUUUAAGUAACAAUGGUUUGUUUGGAAGAAUUCCUCUUGGUUUUAGUGAGCUGCCUAAUUUGCAGUUUUUAUAUCUUGCUGGUAAUGAUAACCUCACUGGAAGUUGUCAUCAACUAUUGAGGGGAAGAUGGGAGAAGAUACAUGUCCUUGAUAUUGCAUCCAAUAGUCUACAUGGGAAACUUCCUGCUUCCCUUGGAAACAUGACAUUUCUCACUCGCUUAAAUCUUCCUGGAAAUCAUGUUGAGGGUGAGAUUCCAAGCUCUAUUGGAAAACUUUGCAACCUGAUGCAUUUUGAUAUAUCAAAUAAUAACGUGACUGGUACUUUACCCGAAGUCCUUGAAGGAACAGAUUGUCUCUCUAGGAAACCACUGCCUAGUCUACAGUACUUGGAUUUGUCAAAUAAUCACCUGGUUGGUAAAUUGCCCGAAUGGCUAGGUCAGCUCAAGAAUCUUGUUGAACUUCGUUUGCUCUAUAACUCUCUUCAUGGUCCCAUCCCAGCUUCUUUAGGUUUACUGCAAAAUCUUUCUGUAUUAUGGCUAGGAGGGAAUGAACUAAAUGGAACUCUUCCAGAAAGUUUGGGACAGCUUUCUGAGUUGAUAUUUUUUGAUGUUUCCUCCAAUCAUUUGACUGGUUUAGUUACUGAAAAACAUUUUUUAAAGCAAGGUAAGCUAAAACAUUUACUUCUAUCUUUUAACUCUUUCACCUUGAAUGUCAGUUCCAAUUGGGUUCCCCCAUUCCAAGUCUGGCAUAUUCAAAUGGGUUCAUGCCAUUUGGGUCCUGCAUUUCCUGCUUGGCUAAAGUCACAAAAGGAAGUCACUAAUUUAGAUUUCUCAAAUGCUAGCAUCACCGGUUCCAUGCCCUACUGGUUUUGGGAACGUUCCUCCAACUUAAUAUUGUUGAAUGUUUCCCAUAAUCAAUUAGAAGGUCACCUGUCGAGUCCAUUAAGCUUAGCUUCAUUUGCAGUGGUUGAUUUCAGCUUAAACUUCUUCAGUGGGUCCAUUCCUAUCCCAAGUGACAACAUUAAAUUUCUUGAUCUAUCCAAAAAUAAAUUUUCUGGUACUAUUCCGAAGAACAUGAGUUAUGAUUUUUAUGUCCUCUCUCUUUCUGACAACCAUAUAAAUGGAGAAAUCCCAGUUUCUAUAGCUAAUAAUCGUCAUCUUUUAGUCAUUGAUCUUUCGAGAAACAACUUAACAGGAAGUAUUCCAUCAAGCAUUGGAAAUUGUUCUUUCCUAACAGCAUUAGACCUCAGUAUGAACAAUUUAUUUGGGAAAAUUCCUGAAUCCCUGGGUCGAUUAAAGGAGCUUCAAACCUUGCACCUAAGUGACAACAAGCUCUCUGGAUAUCUCCCAAUAUCUUUCCUGAACUUAUCUAGUUUGGAGACACUGGAUCUUGGAUAUAACAGGAUAAUGGGUAGAAUACCACCGUGGUUUGGGAAAGGCUUCAAAAGUCUAAGAAUUCUUAGCUUAAGGUCUAAUUCAUUUUCAGGAGAACUUCCAUCAGUGCUAUCGAAUUUAAGCUCAUUACAAGUCCUGGACCUGGCAGAGAAUCAGCUGAAUGGCAGUAUUCCUGCUAGCUUUGGAGAUUUCAAAGCCAUGUCACAAGUCCAAAACAGUAACCAUUAUCUAUUUUAUGGGACAUUCGACCAUUAUCUCUUGUACGGGACUAGGGGUGGCUACUACAAAGAAAAUUUUGUUGUAAAUUUGGAAGGACAGUUUAGAACGUACACCAAGACCCUCUCCCUUCUAACCAGCCUAGAUCUCUCAGGAAAUAAUUUGAGUGGAGGUCUUCCUAUUGAGAUAACAAAACUGUUGGGUUUGGUGGUCAUGAACUUGUCUAGAAACCAUAUAAGUGGAUACAUUCCUGAGAGCAUUUCAGAGUUGAAGCAAUUGUCGUCGCUUGAUCUCUCAAGCAAUGAGUUUUCAGGUGUUAUUCCUCGAAGUUUGGGAUUGCUCUCAUUUUUGGGUUUCCUGAAUUUGUCAAAGAAUAACUUAUCUGGAAGGAUCCCUUAUUCAGAUCAUCUGUCAACUUUUGAUGCUCCUUCUUUUGCUGGAAACCUUGGCCUUUGUGGGACUCCACUUGCUGUAAAGUGUCCUGGUGAUGAUGAAGAAGAUUCAGAUAGCGGUUGGACUACUCCCAAGGAUAACAAUAGUGGUGACAGUUUUGUUGAUCAAUGGUUUUAUUUGAGCAUUGGAUUGGGAUUUGCAGCAGGAAUUCUGGUUCCUUAUAUAAUAUUGGCUAUGAGGAAAUGUUUGAGAGAAGCCUAUUUUGGUGCGGUAGAUGUAGUGCUGGAAAGAAUACUAUAUUUAUGGUUGAAACAUAGAACCAUACAGAAGAGGAACAGAGGGCAUCAACAGUGAAGAUAUAUUUUUAUUUUUAUUUUUUUUAAAAUAUAAUUUUACUAGUGAAGAUUGUGGUUCUACUGAUUGAUCUUUUAGCUGUAUUUACUUAUUGAAAUUGCAUGUCAAGGAAUCUAAAUAUGAAUGAAUAAGAUGGAAAGGCAUGGAUGCCUUUAAUUCA